AAUAUUCUAAAACUGUAUUUAGCACGCGCGUGUUCUCAAUUGCCGUCUCCAAUGCCCCCUCCACCAUACGCCUUGGCACGCGUGAGCAGCACACGCAACUUCGAGCUCGAGAACCACACCGCCGGCAUGUCCCGGCUCUGGACCCAUUGCCAUGACGAACGGCACCAUCCAGUUGCGCCUCCGCGAUGGCGUGCGCAUUGACAUGACUCUGGACAAGGCGGUGCGCGUGCUCAAUCAGCGCAGCAUGGUGGCAGUUGCUCUAUCACGCAACUGCAGCAACUCGGCUUUGAUCCACCCCAAUGGACGCAUCUUGCAGAGCGGCGCUAAGGUCGAAAUAGUCAACUACGACGGCAUGAAGGGCAAUAACUUUGUUCGCUAUGCCAAGAUGUGGUACAAGGGUGUGAGCUUCACCAGCGAGGCGUGCGCUCUCAUCUACCUGGUGGACACAGCCGGGACGCGCACCACAACCGACACUUUCACCGAUCUGACCAAGGACUACACCCUGGCAGUGUUCUAUGACGACUCGCGCCAUGGUCCCUAUUAUAUGGCUGAAGCCCAUGACGUGAUUGCCAAUUCAGCUUACACCUGUACCGAGGAUGGCACUGAGAUCUAUGACAUAAACGGAUUUCGCAUCCCCCAGGCAGCCGAUGGCCUGGUGAAGGUCACUCGUGUGGACAACAAGUGCUUGAUUCGCACCAGUCCCGGCAAUGGAUCGGCCACUUUGACCACACCUGGCAUCCAUUGCACUGCCUCUCUGGGCAAGACCUCGCAUCUGUUUGUUCGUCGCAAUGAGAAGCGCAUGCACUUCGAUGGAUCCUAUUUCAUUGUACGCAACGCCGGACACUCCGCCGGCUUCAAUGAGAACAACCUGCUCAUUGUCUACUGAGCGGCGUUCGUAGUCCGGAGAUAGAAACGGCGCAGUGGUAGCCCAUCCCACAAGCACGUCAACACAUUUCA